UCUUCCGGCGUCACUCAUAAUCUAAACAACACAGCUUGCACAGUCCACUGAAGUUUACUACAACCAACUGGAAUUACUUACUAAUAUCGACACAUUAACAAACCGAAUCUGAUUCCGAUACAACUCAUGUCGCUCAGCGAACAUUUGCUCCAGCGAUGUUUUUAACUAAACCUUAAUGAGAAGAGACCUGCGACUCAAACACGUUGUCGUGCUAACUGGUUAGCCGCUGCUAGCAAUGAUGGCAGCCUCCACUCCUCCGGUGAUCUCUGCUCCUGUGUUCAGUCAAAAGCAACGCAAAUCUGCUCAGAGGAAAGACAGAAGGAAGCGGAAACGCCAGGCUCUCGCCCAGGCCAGAGAAGGUGGUUUAAAAAAUGGAGAAAGCUGUAUUCCUGAGGAAGAAGAAGAAGAAGAACUCCAUGAUGAAGACGAUAAUGAUGUUGCUGAGGAGGAAAGACUGCGACUACACGAGGCGUGGCUGCAAAGAGAAAAUCGUGCUCAGGAGGAAUUCAGGCUUAGGUCUGAGAAAGAGGAAACUGCGAGGAGAAGAAAAGAGGAGGAGGAGCGGAUGAUAAAGGAGGAAUGGGAUGCCGAGCAGAAGAGAGAACAAGACGCAACUGAGCAGAAACAGCAGCAGAAACGAGACAAAGAGGAGGCUGUUCAGAAAAUGUUGGAUGAAGCUGAAAAUCAGCUCGAGAACGGGGGAACGUGGAUGAAUCCUGAGGCUCCAGUGACCGAGAAAUCAGAGAACUUUGGAACAGAGCUCGAUGUAGCCAACUGUCCGUUCUUCCUUAAGACUGGAGCAUGUCGAUUCGGAACCAGAUGUUCUCGGAAGCACAGUUAUCCCUCUUCCAGCCCAACUCUGAUGAUCCGCAGUAUGUUUAAAACGUUUGGCAUGGAGGAGUCACACCGGGAUGAUUACGACAUCGAUGCCUGUUUGGAGCACAGCGAGGAGGACCUGCAGGAAACCUUCACUGAGUUCUACCAUGAUGUUCUGCCAGAAUUCAAGAGUAUCGGCAGAGUGGUUCAGUUCAAGGUCAGCUGUAAUCAUGAACCCCACCUGAGAGGAAACGUUUACAUUCAGUUUGAUACUGAGGAGCAGUGUACAGAAGCUUUCAUGAAGUUCAAUGGGAGGUGGUACGCAGGCCGACAGCUUCAUUGCGAGUUGUGUCCUGUUACACGCUGGAAGAAUGCUAUAUGUGGAUUGUUUGACAGACAGAGGUGCCCCAAAGGGAAGCACUGCAACUUCCUGCAUGUGUUUCGAAACCCUGGCAAUGAAUUCUGGGAGGCCGACAGAGACCUGCACUUGUCACCAGACCGCAGUGUCAGGGGGAGUCGCAGAGACAGUUGGCGUUCAGAACGACAAGGAGACCGAUCGUGGUGGCAGCGCCGCUGCAGCAGAAGCCCACCAAGAUCAGAGAGGUCCCACAGCAGGAGGGAGGACAGCAGGAGGGAGGACAGCAGGCGAGGGGACAACAGGAGAGAUGACAGCAGGCAAAGGAGCAGGAGUAGAGAGAGGAGGGACUCCCACCAGGACAAAGACGACAAUUGGUCCAGAUCCAGACACAGUGAAAGGAGGUCAGAUAGGUAUUUGAGAAGUAGAAGCAGAAGCAGAAGUAGAGACAGAGCGAGGAGUAGAAGUAGAGACAGAGAGCAAGACAGGCUGAGAAACAGAAGUAGAGACAAAGACUUGGAACACAAGCCCAGGAAUAAAAGUGAAGAAGGAGACAGACAAGAUGGUGAUGAAUACAAGAGAGAACCUAAAGAAAGGUCAAGAAGCACAAGCACAGAGAGGGAAAGAAUCAAGCUUAGUAGAGAAAAAAGCCCCAAGAAACCGGGUAAACAUAAGAAAAGAUCUAAUGAUGACACAGACACACACACUCGACACAAACGCUCGAAGAAGAGCAAGAAAAAGAGCAAGAAGAAGCACAAGAAGAAAAACCAUUUGCCUGAAGGAACAGCGUCCUCAGGAAACUCGGAAAAGGAGAAAGAGUCGGAGGAAGAGACGAAGAACAAUUCUGCUACGACUCCCUGUGAACGGACCAAUGAGACAGAGACAAUUCUGAAAAACUGUGAAGUAGAUGUGAGCGUCGACACUGAGGAGCGUAGUCCUGAGGUGAAAAGUGAAGAGUCUCACACAGACGUACCAGUGGAUCUGCUGCAAACAGUGACAUGAACGGCUUCUUGAUUUGAGUCUGGACUCUGUGUGUGUGUAUAGGAGGGAAUAAAUGUGAGUGGUGAGCCAGUAAGUUAAUGGUGCGUUGAACUGGACCUGUGGAACUACAUGGUGAUAGUUUGAGUAAACACAUCACAAGAAAACACCAACACAUAGUUUUUUUUCUGAAUACAUUUAUUGAUAAUAACUUUCAAACAGAAGAAAGAAAUGUUGGCAAGUGUGUCGGCAGUGUUUGAUAGAAAAGUAAUAGAUUUAUUUUGCACAAAUCAAAGAGGAACUUCUUUAAUAUUUGCUGAACAGAAACACUGUGGUUUUAAGAGUGCAGAUUAAAAAAACACUGGACUGCCAUAACAGUUUGGGAUGAGCAUCUGUUUCGAAACGUGUUGACUUGAACAAGCCGUCAGUGAUGAAUAUUAUUGAUGUACCCUGAUAUGUGCAGUUCAUCUUUCCACCUUCCUGAUCCAUAAAGAUACGCCUGUCUUUAAAAGGACUGUAAUAAUAACAUAAUACUGGUGUGUAUUUAUAUAUAUUGUUACCAAAUAACCCAAACAUCCUCCCAUCCUAAAUCCCUUUUCUGCCAUGUUAGACACCAUUGAGAAGGUUAAACACAGUGUUCUUUGGUCAUGUUAAUAAGUCUUUAAGAGUGAGCCAAACUAUCAUAAUACAUAAAAUAGCAUUUUCCUUGAUUUUGGUCACUAUACUAUCCUGACCUAAGACUAAGGGAGAGACCAACCUAAGAUUUAACUUCAGAGACUGUGACAAACUUCAUCUGAAACAAAUGCCUUUGUCAGAAAAAUGCAAACAUGAAAAUACAGUUUUACACUAACUACACAAAGACAGCUGGUUUUUAAAAGUAAACAUGCACUUCUUAAAAAGAAAUAUGAAAUGGUUAGUUUCUGGAGAGGAGUCACCGAACAAACUUUUACGAACCUGAUACUGAUUGUUGGUACUUCAAUUUAAUUUCUCUGCAGGGCUGAAUUUACCCAUAUAGAAGUGAUUGUAACAGUUUCAGUGUUUCCCACAUUAGCACGAGCCCAAGUUGAUAAAAGUUGAAUUGUUAUAUUUGAGCAACAGAGCUGAGCAACAGAUCUUCCAAAAAAAUGCAUUUCUGAUGAUCAUUCGAAAACAAAACUACCCAGGAGGUCAUUUCACAACACUGCUGCUUUUCAGAAGUUAUUUCUAGGCUUUGUUCAGACUUGAUAUUAACAUCCGCCCUCAGACCCGGUCACGAGUGUACAGCUCUAAGCAGACAAACUCCCAAUAUGGUCUGAGUGCUUGGAUCUCAGGAUGCAUUGAGGACACAUUUUGGUGCGUUCAGACCAGUACUUGGCGCUGACCACGUGUGAUCAGAUCAAUCAGGGCAGAUGGGAACACCCAAGUCUGAACAGGGUCCCAGACAACAGCCCAAAAUGACAUUUCUCCUUACUCAAUUUGUACAAGAAGAAAAUUUAACAUCUAUUAUUUGAUAGAAAUGUCUUUUUCAUCCACUUGGUUGGAAGAGUUAAGAAUUGUGGGGGGG